UCCCUGCACGGGUGCCGCCAUUCUCCAGCAGACACUAUGCUGGCCCUCAGACCCCUCAUCAAGCCUAAGAUCGUCAAGAAGAGGACCAAGAAGUUUAUCCACCAUCAAUCUGAUCGCUAUGUUAAAAUUAAGUGUAACUGGCGGAAGCAUAGAGGUAUUGACAACAGAGUCCGCAGAAGGUUCAAGGGCCAAAUCUUGAUGCCCAACAUUGGGUAUGGUAGCAGUAAGAAGACAAAGCACAUGUUGCCUUCAGGAUUCAGAAAGUUCAUUGUCCACAAUGUCAAAGAGCUGGAGGUGCUGAUGAUGAGCAACAAGUCCUAUUGUGCAGAGAUUGCUCACAAUGUUUCAUCCAAGAAUCGGAAGGUAAUUGUGGAAAGAGCAGCUCAGCUUGCUAUCAAAGUCACCAAUCCAAAUGCCAGACUGCGCUCUGGUCCAUGGGCAGCAGCAGCAGCAGCAGCGGGCCAUGCAUCUGCUGCUCCCGUGGAACCUGCCACAUGA